AUGGAGUCUCUCCUCCAGCAGUCUCGGGCUAUGUGCCCGUUUCUCAAGCGCACUUCUCCCGCCGCAUUGCGCACUCUUUCUACGGCCACCCGCCCCAGCACCAGCCCAGGCGGCGGCACCAUGUCUAACCUUCAGGUCCUCGCUCGUCGUUGCCCUGUCAUGAGCAAGGCUUUGGCUGUGCAGAGCUCUCGUCUGGCCGGCACCAAGCGAUUCACCUCCUCUGCGGCUGGAGUGACGGGAUUGAACAACAAGUAUUUCCGCGCCCACCAGACCAACCGAGCCCUGCAUACCACCGCGGGUAAUGGUGCCAGUUUGAGUGAGGAGUCGUACAAGAAGAACGAGAGAGUUCACCCUAGUCUGGUCAACACUCCCGCUGCUCCCGCUGCGGAUGUAACCUCGACUCUCACCGGCCCACGCCCCCACGCUCCUUCUACCACUCGAUUCAACUACAAUGAUUUCUACAAUGCCGAAUUGGAGAAGAAGCACAAGGACAAGUCCUACCGCUACUUCAACAACAUCAACCGUCUCGCCAAGGAGUUCCCUCGCGCUCACACUACCUCCAGUGAGGAGCGGGUGACGGUGUGGUGCUCCAAUGACUAUCUUGGAAUGGGCCGCAACCCUGAGGUGCUGAAUUCGAUGCAUCAAACUCUAGAUAACUAUGGAGCCGGUGCAGGAGGUACCCGUAACAUUUCCGGUCAUAACAAACAUGCGGUAGCGUUGGAGGAUACUCUGGCCAAGCUGCAUGGCAAGGAAGCGGCUCUGGUGUUCAGCUCCUGCUUCGUGGCCAACGAUGCCACUCUCGCUACCCUUGGCAGUAAAAUGCCCGACUGUGUCAUCUUGUCGGAUAGUCUCAACCAUGCGUCCAUGAUCCAGGGUAUUCGUCACUCGGGUACCAAGAAGAUGGUUUUCAAGCACAACGAUCUUGUGGAUCUCGAAGCCAAACUGGCAUCUCUGCCCUUGCAUGUCCCUAAGAUCAUCGCCUUUGAGUCUGUUUACAGUAUGUGUGGCUCUAUUGCUCCGAUCGAGAAGAUUCAAGACCUCGCGGACAAGUACGGCGCCAUUACCUUCCUUGAUGAAGUGCACGCUGUGGGCAUGUAUGGUCCUCACGGUGCCGGUGUUGCGGAACACCUCGACUACGACGCCUAUGCUUCUCUGGACACAGCCAACCCUCGCAGCACCAAGGGAACUGUGAUGGACCGUGUUGACAUUAUCACUGGUACUCUGGGCAAGGCCUAUGGUUGCGUUGGCGGUUACAUUGCUGGUUCUGCUGCCAUGGUCGACACCAUCCGUUCUCUCGCCCCUGGAUUCAUUUUUACUACUUCGCUGCCUCCAGCCACCAUGGCUGGUGCUGACACCGCCAUCAAGUAUCAAGCCCAGCACCAGGGAGAUCGUGUUUUGCAGCAGCUGCACACUCGCAUGGUCAAGGACUCCUUCAAGGAGUUGGAUAUUCCCGUGAUCCCGAACCCGUCUCACAUCGUCCCUCUCUUGGUUGGUGAUGCGGAGGUGGCCAGACAGGCCUCGGACAUGCUGCUGGAAGAGCACGGCAUCUAUGUGCAGGCCAUCAACUACCCCACCGUCCCUCGAGGUGAAGAGCGUUUGCGUAUCACCCCAACUCCUGGCCAUGUCAAGGAACACCAGGACCACUUGGUUCAGGCCGUUCAGGACGUCUGGCAGAAAUUGAACAUCAAGCGUGCCAGCGACUGGGAGGCCCUUGGUGGGUUCGUUGGCGUGGGCGUCGAAGGCGCUGAGGCUGAUAACAUGCCCAUGUGGGAGGAUGGGCAGCUGGGUCUGCGCAGCAACGAAACUCUCCAGGCGGCUGUCGAUCGUGCGUUCCAGAAUGAGAAGCCUGCUGUUGCGUCUCAGCCUCGCAUGCAGACUGCUACUCCCAUCCAGCCGGCUGUGACCAUGGCGUCGACUCCGGUGGGAGUUGCUGCUUAA